AUGUUGACAAAUACUGAGUAUAAGUGUAUCAACUUUAAUCAAGAUUUUUCUUGCUUAUCUGUUGGGACAGAGAAUGAGUUCAAGAUUUACAACGUGGACCCUUUUGGUGAAUGUUUUGAAUUAGAUUCAGGAGCCAAUGUUUCAGAAAUGCUAUUCUCUACGUCCUUAGUUGCAAUUGUUGGUGUUGGAAAUAAACCAACUACUUCUCCUAGAAGAUUGAGGAUUCUGAAUACCAAAAAAAAAUCAAAUAUUUGUGAAUUAACGUUUCCAACAGCUGUAUUAUCAAUGAAAUUGAAUAGGAAAAGAUUGGUUGUCGUUUUGGUUGAUCAGAUAUAUAUUUAUGAUAUCAGUUGUAUGAAGUUGUUACACACCAUUGAAACGUCACCAAAUGAAAACGCAUUAUGUGACUUAAGUUCAAGUGAUGAUUCCAUAUUAAUUUAUCCAGCUCCCGGACCAAACGUGGCAUCACCUUUUAGUGUUAACGAUAGCAAUGAUAGUGGUAACAAAAGCCCUUCUUCUAAUGGAUCACAGGAGGUUGGUACUGUUGUAUUAUUUGAUGCUUUAAACAUUGCACCUUUAAAUAUUAUCAAGGCACACAAGACGGAUCUGGCAUCCAUUUCCUUGAAUAGUAACGGUACUUUAUUUGCCACAGCCUCUACAAAAGGUACUAUUAUCAGAGUGUUCAACACCGUGACUGGGAAUAAAGUGAAUGAGUUUAGAAGGGGUUCAUAUUCAGCAUUGAUACAUAGAUUAACAUUCAAUUUGAACUCUUCGUUAAUAGUGGCUACAUCUGACACUGAGACAGUUCAUAUUUUCAAGCUAUUACCAGAUGAUGAUUUGGGGAUCAUUCCUAGAUCAGUGAACUCCAAUGUGAAAGUUAAUCCAAGGCGUCACCCUUCGAUAACAGACCGUAUUUAUCAGAACCUACCAAAGAAUAUAUCAUCCAUAUUGGAGCCGCAAAGGGACUAUGCCUUCUUAAGAAUCCCCAACCAGAACAAGACCAAGAACGUUGUUGGUUUCAACGGGAACAAUGUGCUUGUGGGAUCCUCCGAUGGCUCACUAUACGUCUACACGAUACCUGAGAAGGGAGGUGAAUGUGUCUUGGUGAAGCAGUACUCUUUUGAAUAG